AUGCAAAUCUACCCAAACCCCUUCGGAAACUCCGCCCAUUCCCUCAAGAUCAAGAAAACAACCACAAUGACAAUGACAACUUCUUCUACAAACUCGUCUACGAGUCAACUUCCCCCUUCUCUGCCCAGGCUCAGCAUUGAGUCUCUACAUCUUGAUUUGGAGCAGGCUGCUUCCCGUACCCGCGCAAACUCCAUGCGUGCCCCACGGACGGCCAUCUCGACUACAUCGGCAGAAGUACCGCCCGCUCUACCUCCACCGGCGUAUAUAACUCAUAAUUUAUACGAGAAGGGAAAUGGAGAGUACAUGCUCCCUCCGCAUGCACAGGUCCAUGAUGUUGAAAGUAUUUAUGAAGUUAGACAGUAA